AUGAACAUCUUCACCAAGAAACCCACCGCCAGAGAGGCUCUUCGGGAGAGUAAACGGGAAAUGACAAACGCCACUAGAGGUAUAGAAAGGGAAAUUGCAUCAUUACAAUCGGAAGAGAAGAAGUUAGUUGCUGAGAUUAAGAGAACUGCUAAGACUGGAAAUGAGGCAGCGACUAAAACUCUAGCUCGACAGUUGAUAAGGCUCAGGCAACAGAUCGGUAAUCUUCAGGGUAGUCGAGCUCAGAUGAGAGGCAUAGCAACUCACACACAGGCAAUGCAUGCCAAUUCUUCUGUUGCCGUUGGCAUUCAAGGUGCUACCAAGGCAAUGGCAGCUAUGAAUAAGCAAAUGGAACCAGCAAAGCAAGCCAAAGUUAUGCAGGAAUUCCAGAAACAAUCAGCACAGAUGGAUAUGACUACUGAAAUGAUGUCAGAUGUCAUAGAUGAUGCCUUGGAUGAUGAUGAAGCCGAAGAGGAGACUGAAGAGCUUACAAAUCAGGUGCUUGAUGAAAUCGGUGUGGACGUUGCCUCGCAGUUAUCAGCAGCUCCCAAAGGGAGAGUCGCAACAAAGAAUACUGAAAAUGUCGGCAGCUCGGGCAUUGAUGACCUUGAGAAACGUUUGGCAGCUCUAAGAAACCCGUAA